CUGCCAGGCUUUUUCGGACCCGAAGAAGACACAAUUUCACACCUGCGGAUUUGUUCACCGAAUCUAUCUCGCACUAAGUGUGACGCAUUCCUGUGCACUUCAAAGGACAUCAAAACGUACAAGGGUUCGCAAUACUGCGUCUGUGAUCCAUCGUUCUGGGCGAAAACUCGUCAUGAAGUGGUUCAAGGCCGGUUGAACAACUCGCGUGAGGAAAAGUUCGCUAUUGCAAAGCUUUAUUGUAAGAGCCCGAAUUGUUUGAAUGAAUUGGGAAGGAUUAUGUGUAUCGAGCAGAUAAUGAUGCCAGUUUUGUCAGCUCAAGCAUGUGUGUUCGAAUACCAGGAUGGAAGUUCGUCGAUCCCAACACGAAGAACCGUUCGCAAAUGGAUCAAUGUGAAAGAGAAGUUUUUCACUCCAGAAGAGCUGAGAAACUACGAUCUCGCCGCAAUGAAUGAAGUAGCAGUCAGACCAAACAUUAAUUCUGUUGGAGUCAGUGUUCGUCUCUUUUGA